GCUUUGUCCUUAAGUGAGCUCUACCAUAUUGUCCAACUCUUCCAUUCCUCACCAUGUGCUUCUCUUACUAAAAUACUACACAACCCACACUGAAUGGGACUUCUCUCUCUGUCUCCCCCCACACACAUAAAUGCAUACAUCACCUUCUACAAACUCAUAUCAAGCUCAAUUCAAAGUUUCAAACCAAUACCCAUUAAACUACUCUCUCUCUCUCUCUCUCUCUCUCUACACAUUUAUAUCAGCCUCAAUUCAGAGUUUCAGACCAAAACCCAUUUCACUAUUCUUUCUUUCUCUCCCUCUCUAACUGAAAAAUGGGGAAUGGCACAUCUUGUGCUCCAACCAUUAUCUCUGGCGGAGCAGUCAAGGUUUUGUCAAGUGAUGGAAGACUCGAGGUAUACACAAGACCAAUCAAAGCAGCUGAGCUGAUGCUAGAAAAUCCAAGACAAUUCGUAUGCAACUCUAAUGAUCUCAAGGUGGGUCACCGGAUUACGGGCCUCGCCGCAGAUGAAGAACUCGAACGGCGCCGAUUAUACUUCAUUCUUCCAAUGGAUAUACUAUACUCGGUGCUUACUGAUGAAGAGAUGUUCUCUCUCUCAUACAAGGCAUCAAGAGCAAUGAAACAUGGAAGCUCCUCCAACAACAUUGUAAGGAUAUUUCCUGUGUUUGGUGAUUUUUGUAUGUUCCCUUCAGAAGUGAAGACAUUGGAGGAGUCAACAGGGAGAAAGCCACAGCCCACAGAAAGACUCUCUAGACAGAGAUCGUGGAAGCCUGCAUUGGAUACUAUACUUGAAACUCCAUCUUGGCUUUGACUGAUAUGAAGGUAAAGGCAAGUACUAAGCUUAAUUAGCUCUUUAGAGAGAGCUAAAGUUGUCUUAAUUUCUUCUCUCUCUCUCUCUCUCUCUCUCUCUCUCUCUCUCUUGAGAAUUUCGGUGUAGUUUUGUGGCCACCAAGAUUCAGGCUGACCUCUUGACCUCCGUUGUCUCUAAUAAUUGUAGAAUCCUUCUUCCCUAUGUUGUGGUCUCUUUUGUCUUUUCACUCUGAGUGUCGGCAGGUAUCCUUAACCUAAACAAACAGUUUUGACUUUU